AGGAACAAAUACUCUCAGCAUUUAUAAGGAGAGUGAGGAACUCUGCUUCUAGCAUUUAUGAAAUAGUUCCUCGACCUGACGACUGCUACGGCCUAAUUAUGAGAGUAUUGUGUCUUCUUCUCCUUCUCGGCUUUGCCAGCUUCUCAUCGGCCCAAACCUUCGGGUUCCGUGGCUGUCCCAGAGUGAGCGUCGCUAGGGACUUCGACCUCGAUCGCUACUUCGGUCUGUGGUCUUUAAUUACGACGUCCUUCAGGAGUGAUCUGACGUGUGUGACGGCGGAGUAUCUACCAGGAGAUGAUGGUAGCAUUCGUGUCAUCAACUCGGGACGAUCACAAGACGGAGAUGUCACAAGUGAUGAAGGGACUGCCUUUCAACCCGACCCAGAGGAGGGAGCAAAGCUGCAGAUCCUGCUUUACAGAGGGCAAACACCACAAGAUUAUUGGUUCUCGAUGUGGAAUACGACAGCUAUGCUCUUGUACACUCGUGUACAGAAUACUUCUUUGGCUGGUUUAACAUCCAGUCUAACUGGCUUCUCGCCCGUGAUCGUAUGCCAUCCGAGGAAGUCAUCGAGGGUGCUUUGAGGAAGUUCAGAGAACAGGGCCUCAACGUGCAAAACUUCAGGAGAACGAAUCAGAUGAAUUGUGAGGAAGAACCACCACGCCCGUCAGAGGGGCCUGGCACUGAAUGACCGCGUUCAUCCGAAGUGCGGAACUGACAGACCACAUCCCUCAAAGAUUCCAAGAACUAACAGACCACUAACAUAAGAAUACCCACUAAUAUUCGACAUUACUUGUUCCAUGAUGUUAACUUUUAAUCAGAACAAUAAAUAACAUAAAGGACAAAUAAUUAAUUAGAAUUUUUUUUUCUUCAAAUCUUUAGAUUCACUCUUAUUCCUUUGCACAUCGCAAUGCUAUUUAGCAAUAACAUUUUCUGAAAAGGAAACUGGUGUACCUUGUUAUAAAAUACUCUUCAAUGGACGUCGGCCGUUGCCCCUUUUAAAACUAUUUCAGCUGAAAUUCAUAUAAUGAAGUAGGCUCGUAAUGUAAAAAUUAAAAAAUUAAAAAAUUGUUGUUUUCCUAUUUUAAUUUUCGCUGGUAUAUAUUAUGUGAUUAUCAUAACAUUGUAAUAAACAAAUCAUAUUCACCAA